AAGUAUACCUGCAACGUUUCAACAUGGCAGAGGCACCAAGCGCUGUUUCAGGUCAUCUGCUAGCACUACUUGCGAUGGCUGAAGAGCACUGCUUUAGCUCGUCUUCCCAUACAGUCAGUGACCUUUACCGUAAUAAACCUGCCAACUAUUUCGACCAACUUAUACUUGACAGCCUGAUACCACAACUGAAGGACGACGGCGGGGAUCCACGCUGUCCCAUAAACGGGCAACUUAAAGGUGUGUUCUUCGGGGUGACCCUUUGGAACGGUCAUCUACCAACUAAAUCCCCAUACGGAGACACCAGAGUGGUGGUUCCCCUGGAGAGACUCUUUGAUGACUCUGCCAGGCUGUACUUCGCUGAUUUCUACUGUAUGCUUGGUCAAAGGGCUAAUCACUACGUCAUAUUGGUCCUUACAAAGCCUGAUACAGAAGCUGACCGCUUUUGUCAGAAGCACCUCAUUGGUUUGAAUGAACGAACCAACGUGUUUCUGAGGAAGGAAGAAAGCACCUACAAAACUCUCCAGCAGCGCAACGUAUGGAUUGAAGUCUUCUAUACAGAUGAAGUGGACAUAUCGGGGCUGGAGCUGACCAAAACUGAAGUGAUCGGGAAAGGAAGCAGCAGCCCAGGAGGCAUAAUUAAAACACCUGGUUGUAAAAUAUGCAAUGUAUAUGUCCCUGACCUUCCGUAUACAAUGUCAAUACUUACAUUAUAAAAUCAGAAAAGAUAAGGACAGAUCAAACUGAAAUAUGAAUACAAGAGCCAUGUUUGUACAUGAUAACCAAAACUAGCUUUAUUCAUUACUAUGGGGUAACAUGGUUUGAGAUAUUUAAGUUACUUGUUAUAAAUAGUUAUUGUAUUGAUUUGUUUCUGAAUAGAUGUUGCUACAUACUGAAAGUGAACAUUUGUGAACAUUUGUGAAGUGCUGUCUGUAUCGCUGUACUGCUGUAUCUCGCUAAAAGGAAUGUCUUUUGAAGGUGGUUGUCCAGAUCGUUGUCACUGCUGUGCCAAUGAAGCAUCAACAAGACACUAUCAAUGACUAUCAAUAUAACGUUUUGUAGAUCCAUCGUAAUUCACCAUUUGCAACAUAUGGGUAAUGUAUAUGUAUAAUUCUAAUGUAUAUGGACCGGCGGCCUUUUGUACAAUAAACAUCUUUGACUUGA